AUGGAACCAUUGAGAUUCAUCCAUCCAAGGCUUCAACCGGCCCUCCUUUACGUAUAGACGAUGAUCCAACUUUUCUUUUGCUCUUAGAUGUUCCCCAUAAUUCAAAUGAACCAACAACUUCUUUAGUGGUAACUUUCCAUAUUCACCUAAAAGAACGUGCUGGAAGUUUCGAAGUUCGAGCAUACGAAUCUUUACCGAAUUUGGAAAACUCUAAUGGAGGAUCGGCUUUUGGAUUGAUACCAAUCGUUUUGCAAGUUGGUGAAGAAAGAUUGGUAAAGGAUUUUAAGAGUUAUGGUCAAAGAGUUGUAAUGUUGUGUGAAUCGAAUGAAAUUAUUUUAUGGAAUUUGAAAAAGCAUUGGGAUAGUUCUCUUCGUUUUGAAUGGCAUAGUACAAUCUCUCUUCCAAAUUCAUAUCCAGUAACAAGCCUUUGCGUUACGCAGGGUUUUAUUUUUUUUAGUUCCACCACUUUCAAAUCAAAAUUAGAUGAAGAAUGCUUAUGCGUGAUUACAAUUAAAAAACUAUUAGCUGGCAAAUUUUGUGGGUGCUAUCAUCGUGAAGAUAAUUUGAUAAAUAAUAAAAUUUUUGAUACUGAAGUAGAUGAAAAUGAAGAUAGAGUUGGUAAUGGUAACACAGAAAAGGGUGAUAAGAAAGGGGUGAACACUAUACAGAUGCGGGCACAAGCUCCAAGGCUUGGAUGUUUGAAUGAAUGUGGUCAUUUAUGCCUUAUGCCAUUAAAUAACAUUGUAUGGAAAAAUAAUAUCAAUGAAGCUACAAUAUAUGAUCUACAAGUGAUAUCGACAGACACGAUUCUUCUUUAUACAACGCUUCCCACCUUAUUCAUCUUAUCUGCAUGCAUCAAAACAAUUAUAUUACCAAUUUCAAGUAAAUCACGUAAGACUUCAUUAGAUGAUGCACUUUCUGAAACAAAAUAUCAUACUGUGUUCUCGUGUUUUUCGUUAAAAGAUUUUCCAAUUCCAAAUUCAACCGGUGUGAAUUUGAUAAAGAAAAGUAGUAACAUUAAUGAUACUGGAAAUGUUGAAUGGGGGAGUAUUUUAGUCGGGCGAAAUGGGCUGUCUGUUGUGGUGAUUGAAAACCCUUCUGAUAAAUAUAACGUUAAUAUAGGGGAGCAAGACACACAAAUUUUGCCUCAGCAAAGUGGUGAGAUGUUAAUGGCUAGUUGGGCGAGCAUGCCAUUUGAUGCUACAGAUGGAAGUCAUAGUACAGUUUAUAUUGUGGCCGUAGAUCAAGAUGAUAUGCGAGGUUUAAAUUUUCAAAAUGAUUUUGUAUCAUCACUUGCAUUAACUGGAGCUCGUGGAAAUAAGGAAAAGGAAUGUGAAAAUGACUCUAUUUCUGCGUUUAACGAUAUCUCAUUUAAAACCAUUGGUGAUACUACAUUACUCUGGCAUGUUAUCUCUUGUCGUUUAAUACGAGCAAUUUUUGUAACUUCCCAUAUAAUGGAUGUGUGUGCACAGAGUACUGAUAUUAUGAUUGUUGCCGGAAGUAGAGAAACUACAUUAUACAUCGUUAACUGUUUAAAUUAA